UUGGGCAAUGAAAUUUCUACCCUUGAAGUUCAGAGAGAAGCAGACAGACUGGUUUGGGCAGCGUGGAAAGAACUGGCAUGUCACUGUCUGCAUUUACCGAGAUGCACAGGAUACAAUCUGUCACAGAACCUUUACCCAUGUUUUUGAUGGAGGCAAGCAAGACUGGUUUAGUGUCAUCUCCAUAAUUGAAAAUGUGUUCAACACCAUAAAAGAUCAACUCCCACAACUCACUGAAGUGUUCCUACGUUCUGACAAUGCUGCUUGCUACCACUGUGGGCACAUGUGGCUUUGUCUUCCAGAGGUUAGCAAACGCACUGGUCUGAACGUGAAAACAUACUGCUAUUCGGAACCCCAGGCUGGUAAGUCAUACUGUGAUUCAAAAAAUGCCCACAUGAAGAGAAAGAUGAGGACAUGGGUUACCGAAGGCAAUGACAUUGUUACAGCAACAGACAUGAAGUCAGCAAUUGAUGCAACAACAGGUGUUACAGGAUGUCAAGUUGCUGUAGUAACAAUGGACACUGACAAACAAAUUGUCAAGUCUCACAGACUGAAACAAAUAAAUUGUUUCAAUGAAGUAGUAUUCCAAGACAAUGGAAUACUUCUGAGAAAAGCCUAUGCCAUUGGAGAUGGAAAAUUCAUUUCAAAUGAUGAAUUGCUAAAAGCUGGGAAUGGACUCCAAAUGUCUCAACAAUCAGGAUGCAAGACACUUGAGGGUUUUACUUUACCCACAGUAUGUGAAGGUAAAAUCAGUCGUCCACAACCUACACAAACAGAUCUUGAUACAGUGUACUGUUGUCCAGAGCCGGGUUGUACCAACACCUUUCCCUGUUAUAGGGAUGCAGAAGAUCACCUUGCUCUUGGCACCCACAACUGUCAACUUGUGAAGGAGUCAACGUAUGACAACAUAAAGCGACAGUGGGCCCGUCUCUGCAAUGAAGUUGUCAUUACCUACAAGGUCCGCACAACCACAGGUAGUUGCACAUCACAAGCAGAUGGAUCAAGGCAAAUGGGGUGGGCCUUGAGAAGUGCACGCAAGGGUGUUAGGUUUAACACUAAGGUGAAGGACUUUCUUCAAGCCAAGUUCAUGGAAGGUGAAAGAAACAAAAAGAGUGAUCCUUUGGAGGUGUCAUACAUCAUGAAAACAUUAAGAGAUGAUGAAGGGAACAAGAUGUUCAGCCAUUCCGAGUGGUUAAGACCCAAUCAAAUAACGUCAUUCUUUUCAAGACUUUCGAACAAGAAAAUCAAAAGGAAAACUGAAGCAAUAGAUGAUGAGGAUUUGUUUGUUGUACUGGAUGCCAUUGACAAUGAUGUUUUGCUGAAUGAAUUGUCAGAAAGUUAACCAGAUAACUGUCAGGGCUAUUGAAUGUGAUCAAAUCUUAUAUGUUACACAGCACAUCUUUCCGUGGUAAGGGAGCCUCAGAGUAAGUCUAACAACUCCAUGUCAACCCUCGCUUUCACAAGUAUGACAUUACAGAGUUGAGUGUAGCAGCACUUCUCACGAGUAUUAGCUGCCUCAAGCUAUCUACCUUAUUCGAUUCAAAUAUUUAUUUCAUUACUUGGCUUUGACAAUAUAUAUUUCUUUAAGUCAUUUCACAAAAUGAGGUGACAAAGUCCUGUUGUUAAAGAACUAUUACUGGGUGACAAAUGUGCAAAUACAGCGGAGGAUAUUUGUGAA